AUGGAUGCCGUUCAUGCAGAGAGGUCGAAGUUGGUCCAGCGGCAGAAACAACAGCGACAGGAGCUGGAGAAGAAAAUCAAAAAGCUCAAAGGUGCCAUGAAAGAGGCUGCGCAGAAGGAGCUGGACGAGCUGGAACAGCAACACGAGGCUGAACUGACCAACUUCGAUGCGAACAAGGGUGUGGCAGAAGGCCCAAGCAAAGAAGUUGUGGCAGAUGCCGAUUCUUCUUCGAUUAUGCAGGAUGCGAAAAAGUUUCGUGAACGAAACUGGAGUGGAUUGUCCAAGAAAGAACUGGAGGAGGAAUGUGUUGCAAGAGGCCUGGGAAAGAAAGGCUCAAAGGAAGACCUUGUCCAGAAGCUCAUCAUCUUCCAGCAGGAGUUAGCAUCAAAGCUGGCAUCGGAGGAGGCGAAAGCUUCGACAGCUUCCAAAGGCUAUGCUGCUGCGGCACCAGCUGCAGCUAAAGCUGGCAAGGAUGACGAUGACGAUGACGACGAGGAGGCGGAGGAAGACGAAGAUGACGACGAAGACGACGACGACGAUGACGACGACGAAGACGAGGCUGACGAGGUAGACGCGGAGGAAAUGGAACGGCAGGGAAAGCGAGAAAAGGCAAUUCAGAAGGCGCUGCGAUUUCUCCUGACAGAGAAGUGCCCGGAUGGCUUCUUAUUAAGCGAACUUGUUGAGAAGCUGGAGAUGGUCAACGUUCGGGGCUUUGCCCCGGAGAAGCUCGGCUACAAGACCACGGAGAAGUUCGUCCUGGAUGCCAUGGCGCAAAACUACUAUGACAUUCUCGGAAUCACCCGAGAUGCAACUGCCGAGGAAGUCAAGAAAGCUUACAAGAAGGCUGCAUUGACGCAUCAUCCAGACAAGGGUGGAGAUCCGGAGAAGUUCAAAGAGUGCGGCGCCGCUGUGGAGACACUUACUGACGAUAGGAAGCGUGCCGCAUACGAUUCAACGCUCAUCCGUCUGCGCUCGAAGGAUGGACUCGGAAGUGGUCCUUUUCGCUUCAACCGCGACGCUUCCAUGGAGCGGCCAGCAGCACGGCCGGCGCCACCAGCGCCGCCAGCUGCAGCUUCCACGCGGGCGCCCAGCGCAGCGGCACCUCCAAAACCGCGGGCGCCGAGUGGUGCAGUGGAAAUCCCUUCUGACCCAGGCAGUCUCACCAUCAAGGAGCUAAAAGAAUUGCUGACAGCCUUGGGUAUCGAUCAUGACGGCUGCCUCGAGAAGGCAGACCUGUUGACACUUCUUCGGGACCGGAAGGAGCGUCGAGCAGGCGAUACCCCAAGACAGGCGCCCUCAGCAUCUGCUUCUGGAAGACCACAUGCCCAGCCCACAAGCUCAGCAAGCUCAACGCAGUCAUCUACUGGGGCUAAAGCUCUGCGUGUGAAGAUCAUGUCCAUAGGUUCCGCCACUGUUGGGAAGAGCACGCUCAUCAAGAGAUACUGCGAGAACCGGUUUGUGCAGAAAUACAUUCCAACCAUCGGCAUCGACUACGGCGUGAAGCCUGUCCGAGUUCUGGGGCACGAGUUGAAGGUAAACUUCUUCGACACAUCAGGAGGUGAAGAGUUCCGGGACAUUCGAACGGAAUUCUAUUCAAUGGGUCAGUCAAACGCGGUGCUGCUCGUUUUUGACGUGACGAACCGAAAAAGUUUUACUGAGCUUCCGACCUGGCUUGAGGAGGCAAGUCGACACCAGUGCUCGCUGUCUCGCUCGGAGAAGACAUCGACAGGUCCUCCCGCAGUGGCGCUCUGCGCCAACAAGGUUGACCUCGGAAGGAGAGUGGUGACAAGGGCAGAGGGCGAGGAGUUUGCCAUUGCGCAUGGCAUGCGCUACUUUGAGACCUCUGCUGCAACCGGCGAUGCUGUAACUGAUGCCAUGCAUUUCCUCUUUGAGCAAGCAGUGAGCCACCAUCUGGAGUUGGGCCGAAAGAUAGCGAUGGCUGCUGGCUGA